AUGUGUACAAGAAACCGCCUUCCAGCAUUUCUGAACUCAAACACAGACAUUGAGAUUGUAAAUGUGCAAUAUGAUGAAGGGGAUAAUUGUGAAUCUGACACUAAUGAGGAUGAUGUUAAUGAUGAAUGUGUUGGACAAGAACAAGUUGAUGAUGAUGUUAGUGUUGCAGUUAAUCUGAAGAGAAGCAAAGCCCUCCUUGCUUGCAAGAUGGCAGCUCAAGUGGCACAUGACAUGCCACCUACUUCAGUUUCUAAUGGAAAUGUUUCUGCCUUGAAAAAACUGCCUAUACCUCGUUACUACAGAUAUAUCCUGACCUUUAUUUAUGCUAUUGAUGAGAUAAACCAGAAUCCUGGUCUUUUACCCAACAUCACUCUGGGAUACCAUGCGACUGAUUCCUGUAACUGUGUGAGAAAGGCUGUAGAGAGUACUUUACAGAUCAUAUCCGGUCCCGGGGAGACAGUUCCUAACUUUUCCUGUCUAGAUCAUGACAAACUGGCUGGUUUUAUUGGAGACUUUUCUUCAGAGAAAUCUUUACACAUAGCAGAGAUAUUAAACCUUUAUGGAUACACACAGAUUAGUUAUGGUGCAACAGAUCCUAUUCUAACCAACAAGAAAAUCUAUCCAUCAUUUUUCCAAACUCUUCCCAGUGACCAGACCCAGUACCUGGUUAUUAUUAAGUUACUCAGACAAUUUGGCUGGACAUGGAUUGGUGUAGUGACCUCUGAUGAUGAUGAUGGGGAAAUGCAGAGUCAGGAGCUACAGAAAGUCUCUUCUCUACAUGGUGUCUGCAUUGAGUACAUUAUUAAAGUAGCAGCUGAGUUUGAGCAAAUAACACCGAGAAAGGCAGAGAAGAGCAGACAGGUAUUUAACAAGUCAACCUCACAUGUUGUUGUACUUUGUGGUACAGUUUCAUUUUCCAUAAUAUAUUUUAUUGAAAAGCAAUGUACUGGUGGCCAGGAGAAGACCUUCAUCUUACCAGCAAGUGUGAAUGUUCAUACAAUUUUAUCUGCAAAAUGGAAAGCAUUUUUGCAUGGAGGUUUUGCAUUUUCAACCCCCACUAAACAGAUUCCGAAAUUGAAGAGAUUCUUAGAAGAGAUUAGCCGUACCAAUCGCCCAAAUGACAUUUUACUUGAGCAUAUUCUGGCAUCUUACAAGGACUGCUUAACCUCAGAAUCUUUACUGAACAGAAUCAUUACAAAUGAGUAUAAGAUAAAACUUCACAAAUGUAAUAACAGUGUCCAAUUACGUAACCUUGGCAACCUUAUAUACUAUACUCAAAGCUUCGGAAUAGCUUACCAAAUUUAUAAAGCUGUCUAUGCUAUCGCACAUUCUCUGCAUGAAAUGCAUUUGUAUGCACCCAGUAAUCACAAGGAGAGUUUCAGAAAAAAUCUUAAAUACAUGCACAAGUACAUGUUAAGACUUAAUUUCCAAGAUCCCACUGGAGAAGAAAUCUAUUUCAAUGAUAAAGGAGAAAUGACAACAUUUUACUACAUUAAUAAUUAUGCAGUGAUAUCUGCUAAACGUUUUUCCAUCAGGAAAGUUGGCCAAUGUAAUUCUACAUCUCCUGAAGGAGAAAAGGUUACAGAACCAGAAACCAUAUUUUGGAAACAUGGUCAAGUUCCUGUGUCUAUAUGUUCUCAAGAUUGUCCUUUGGGAUUUAGGAGAGGUUCAAAAAGAGGUUUUCACCAGUGCUGCUUUAAAUGUGUGCAAUGCUCUGAAGGAGAAAUAUCCAAUAACACAGACAAAACAUCAUGCCAGAAGUGCCCAGAAGACCACUGGCCAGAUGACAAGUACCAGUGUGUUCAAAAGCCAACUGAAUUUCUAUCCUACAUGGAUGACCCAACAGCUCUCAUUAUAUCCAUUAUUUCUAUGUUAUUAUUCAUUAAAACGUCAAUUAUUUUGGUCAUCUUCAUUUUAUUCCGGGACUCUCCAAUCAUCAAAGCUAAUAAUCAGCACCUGAGCUUUCUUCUACUGGUCUCCAUCAUGCUGAGCUUCCUGUGUGUACUGCUGUUUCUUGGACGUCCCGUACAUAUAACAUGCAUGCUUCGGCAGACCUCAUUUGGGAUCAUCUUCUCAGUAGCCAUCUCUUGCAUUCUGGCCAAGACUAUAUUGGUCUACUUGGCUUUCACAGCAACAAAACCUGGAAGUUCCUGGAGGAAAUUUAUUGGAGUGAAAAUUACCAACUGCGUGGUCUUUAUUUGUUCAUUUAUCCAAGUUUUAAUCAGUAUCAUUUGGCUAUGUGUAUCACCUCCAUUUCCAGAAUGUAACCGCUACACGUUCCGAGAUAAAAUUAUUAUACAGUGUAAUGAAGGCUCAAUAUUGGCAUUUUCCAUACUCCUGGGUUACAUGGGGCUUCUCACAGCUGUGAGUUUCAUAGCAGCUUUCCUGGCCAGAAACUUGCCAGAUAGUUUUAAUGAGGCCAAAUACAUCACUUUCAGCAUGCUGGUGUUCUGCAGUGUCUGGGUGACUUUUAUCCCAGCGUAUAUGAGUGUCACUGGGAAAAGCACAGUGCUUGUAGAGAUAUUUGCUAUAAUGUCUUCAAGUAUUGGAAUAUUGGGAUGUAUAUUUUAUCCCAAAUGUUAUAUCAUAUUAGUAAGGCAAGAAUUGAAUACAAAAAAUAAUUUACUAAUAAGAAAAUCAUUGCAGACAUUCAGUUAA